AUGCAGAAGGACAGUGUCGAAUUUGGUGAGUCGUGGAGUUCGCUGUGCUAUAUGGUGCCAAAAUUCUCCGACAUCCCGUCUCUUGUGGAUGAAUUUAUAGAGAUUGAUGCCACAGGGUACCGCGAGUGGUCUUCAUUUCGAAGUCAUAAGGAGUUGCAUAUUGAUUUAUGCCCAGCAGAGGUAGAAGCUAUCGAGGGCAUGACGUUUUCGCCUUCUGCUACAUUGGAUCAGGCUCCUAGUCUAUUUGCUCAUGAGAUUAGCGACUUCCAGCUUUUUUGCUUUCUCCCACUGUCUCUGUGA